AGAAGAAAAAAAAAAAGCUCCCCGUAUCGUAUGAGGAGGCAGCUCCUGCUCGGCCGCGCCCGCGACUGAGACGAGACCAAUCUCCCGCGACCGACCCGGCGCCGCCCCAGAUCUCGCCGCCGACGAGAUGCACCUCCUCCUCCACGCCGCGGCCGCCUUCGCCCUCGCCGUCUUCCUCGUCGUCGCCGCCGGGCUGCCCCUCGCGUCCGCCUCCGAGUCCGACCACAAGUACAAAGCUGAAGAGGCAGUUAAACUCUGGGUAAACAAGGUUGGCCCAUACAAUAACCCUCAAGAAACUUACAACUAUUACAGCCUUCCAUUUUGUCAGCCAUCUGAAAACCCUGUGCACAAAUGGGGUGGUCUAGGAGAGGUCCUAGGUGGCAAUGAGCUGAUUGACAGUCAAAUUGAUAUAAAGUUUUUAAAAAACGUGGAGAAGGGUCCCAUUUGCACAAUUGAACUUGAUGACAAAAAGGUUCAGCAAUUUACUGAUGCCAUUGAAAGCUCAUAUUGGUUUGAACUUUUCAUAGAUGAUCUUCCAUUAUGGGGUUUUGUUGGCGAAACCGAUAAAAACAAUGAAAAUAAGCACUAUCUCUACACACACAAGAACAUUGUUGUUAAAUACAAUGGUAACAGGAUAAUUCAUGUCAAUCUUACACAAGAGUCACCUAAGCUUCUUGAAGCUGGCAAAAAAUUGGACAUGACAUAUUCUGUGAAGUGGGUGCAAACAAAUGUUGCAUUUGCACGGCGUUUUGAAGUUUACUUGGACUACCCAUUCUUCGAACACCAGAUCCAUUGGUUCUCUAUCUUCAAUUCUUUCAUGAUGGUUAUUUUCUUGACGGGAUUGGUGUCAAUGAUAUUGAUGAGGACACUGAGAAAUGAUUAUGCAAAAUAUGCUCGUGAAGAUGAUGAUCUGGAGUCGCUUGAAAGAGAUGUUAGUGAGGAAUCUGGGUGGAAGCUUGUCCAUGGAGAUGUAUUCCGCCCCCCUCGUAGCCUUGUGUUUCUUUCUGCUUUUGUUGGUAUCGGCUCACAGCUGGCAGCUCUUAUUCUGCUUGUGAUUGUAUUGGCAAUUGUUGGCAUGUUAUAUGUUGGACGAGGAGCUAUCAUCACAACUUUCAUUGUGUGCUAUGCCCUUACAUCUUUCAUUUCUGGAUAUGUUAGCGGCGGCCUCUACUCAAGGAAUGGUGGCAAAAACUGGAUAAAAUCUAUGAUCCUUACUGCAUCCCUCUUUCCAUUCUUGUGCUUUUCAAUUGGAUUGGUGUUAAACACCAUUGCUAUCUUCUACCGUUCACUAGCGGCUAUACCAUUUGGCACAAUGGUUGUCAUAUUUGUCCUUUGGGCUUUCAUCUCUUUUCCAUUGGUCCUAUUGGGAACUGUAGUCGGUAGAAACUGGAGUGGUGCUCCCAACAAUCCGUGUCGUGUUAAGACGAUUCCACGUCCUAUUCCUGAGAAAAAGUGGUAUCUUACACCCUCUGUUAUCUCAUUGAUGGGUGGACUACUCCCCUUCGGCAGCAUCUUCAUCGAGAUGUACUUUGUGUUCACUUCAUUCUGGAACUACAAGGUUUAUUACGUAUAUGGUUUCAUGUUGCUGGUCUUUGUUAUCCUCAUAAUAGUCACCAUAUGUGUCACUAUUGUGGGUACUUAUUUCUUGUUGAAUGCUGAGAACUAUCAUUGGCAAUGGACAUCAUUCUUCUCUGCUGCGUCUACCGCCUUAUAUGUCUAUCUAUACUCGAUAUAUUAUUAUCACAUGAAGACAAAGAUGUCGGGCUUCUUCCAGACAAGCUUCUACUUUGGCUACACCUUGAUGUUCUGCCUUGGACUAGGGAUACUUUGUGGUGCUGUGGGCUAUCUAGGGUCAACUCUCUUUGUGAGGAGAAUCUACAGAAACAUCAAAUGCGACUAAAUUGCUACUCUGGACAUGAAAUGCGCCCAAAAUGCUACUCCAUUGCUGAUAGCAUCUAUCAGCAAAGCAUGUGUUGUGGGCGCAGGUCCAUUGUGGAGUAAUGCUCGUAAGAUUCUGAUUAACUUUUGAAAGCUAUACAGGAGAUCGUUCUCCCUUUGUUUACCCUUUUCUCUUUUAUGUUUCUUUUUCUUUUUUACUUCAUUUUCUUCAUGGGAUUGGCCUCAUAAAUGUAUACCUCAUUAGUUCAGGAGUUAGUCUCAGUACCGGAAGUAUAUUUAGAUGCUCAUUUUGUGGCAGCCUCCUUUGGCCAGCAGUAGUAGGAUAUCAUUCAUGAAUAUUGAUGCAGUGUGGAUCCAUCCGGUGGCUAGAAUUGCCCCUCUUAUGAAUUGCAACAUCCAAUUUUGGCAUAGCCUUGUAGUAUAUCGAAACUAAUACAUUCAAGUUAGAUAUAUGGCCUGAAUGGGCGAAGCUCUGUGUUGCCCCUGCAUCUGCAAGUACUGUUGAGACAUGAAUGUGAUGCGAUUAUUGUUUGGCC